AAAUGCAGUCACCCUUCACAUUUGACAUCACAUUUUUAACUUGCAAGUUGCAACAAUCAUCUUUUCUUUUUAUCCCCAAAGAUACACCACAAAACAAAAUAAAAACGUGUUCAUUCUGUCGAAAAAAAUCUUUUUCUUUUACACAGAAAUAGAAACAUAUGCAAAAUGUUGAAACCGUCGCAAUUACCAGUUUUGUUGUAAUUUUCAUCUUCAGACACUCUUCUCAGUCCAACAUCAGAUCUGAAAACAAAGUUCGAAACUUUUCAUCCUCAAAUGUCAAAUGCUCAAAAGGGUUAUCUCAUAAUUCAUUAAAAACCAAAUCAACACAAUGGGUGGUGGCAGUAUCAAAAAGAAGAUCUCAAAAAACAUUUCACUAGAUCACGUGCUUGAGGCAUUAGGUGAAACAAAAGAAGAAAGGGAAAUUCGCAUUCGAAGCCUUUUCAAUUUCUUUGAUGGAGGGAAUAAUGGGUACAUAGAUUAUAUUCAGAUAGAGAAAGGGUUAUCUGCAUUGCAAAUUCCAGCGGAGUAUAAAUAUGCAAGAGAGCUUUUCAUGGUUUGUGAUGCUAAUAGUGAUGGUAGGGUUGAUUACAAUGAGUUUAGGAGAUAUAUGGAUGAUAAGGAAUUGGAACUUUAUUGUAUUUUUCAAGCUAUUGAUGUUGAACAUAGUGGUAGUAUUCUUCCUGAAGAGCUUUGGGAUGCUCUUGAUAGGGCUGGAAUUGAAAUGGAUGAAGAGGAGCUUGCUCGCUUUGUGGAGCACGUUGACAAGGACAAUAAUGGAACUAUCACUUUUGAAGAAUGGAGAGAUUUUCUUCUACUUUACCCUCAUGAAGCAACUAUUGAAAAUAUAUAUCACCAUUGGGAGAGAGUCUACCAUGUAGACAUUGGAGACCAAGCUGUCAUUCCUGAAGACAUUAGCAAGCACGCUAACCGGAGCAAAUAUUUUAUUGCUGGAGGAAUAGCAGGUGCUACUUCACGUACUGCUACCGCACCUCUCGAUCGUCUGAAGGUGAUGUUGCAAGUUCAGACUACACGUUCUUCUGUUGUUUCCGCAGUUACGACAAUAUGGAAGCAAGAUAAUAUAAGGGGAUUUUUCCGAGGUAAUGGAUUGAAUGUUGUGAAGGUAUCACCAGAAAGUGCAAUCAAAUUCUAUGCUUUUGAAAUGUUGAAAAAAGUAAUUGGAGAGGCUCAAGGGAACAAUUCGGAUAUUGGUGCUGCUGGGAGGCUUUUAGCAGGUGGCGUGGCUGGUGGAAUUGCGCAGACCGCAAUUUAUCCUAUGGACCUUAUCAAAACUAGGCUACAAACUUGUGCUUCUGAAGGUGGAAGGGCUCCUAAACUUGGAACCCUCACAAAGAAUAUAUGGGUUCAAGAAGGACCUCGAGCUUUCUACCGAGGACUUCUUCCGUCUGUGAUUGGCAUGAUUCCUUAUGCUGGCAUUGAUCUUGCUUUUUAUGAUACCUUGAAAGAUAUGUCCAAGAAAUAUAUUAUUCAUGAUAGUGAUCCUGGUCCUCUAGUACAACUAGGAUGUGGGACAAUUUCUGGAACUCUUGGAGCUACAUGUGUCUAUCCACUGCAGGUUAUUCGUACUAGGCUUCAGGCACAACCUUUGAACAGUUCCGAUGCUUAUAAGGGAAUGUUUGAUGCAUUUUGUAGAACUUUUCAGCAUGAAGGCUUUAGAGGUUUCUACAAGGGACUCCUUCCAAAUCUACUCAAAGUUGUGCCAGCUGCGAGCAUUACUUAUAUGGUCUAUGAAAGUAUGAAGAAAAAUCUCGAUUUAGAGUAGAGUUACAUAUAUCUAUCUGGAAUAUCACCUAGUUUUCCCACACGCAUCUAGCUGCUUAGUAUUGGCUUUAUGGUACUUCCAAUUAGGUUUAGUUAUUUUCUUAUGUAAUUGAGCUAAUGAAAAUACCUUAUUAAAUCUUGCAUUGUUGAUGAUGACGGCGAUAAAAAAAAAUUAUUACUCCUUUAGGCAAUAUGGCAAAUAUUUAUUCCUUUUGUGACUCUUGAAACAUAAUUUUGUAGUCAGAAACAUGGGAAGUAUUUCCCCAUUAUGCUCAUCUGAACUAAAUGUUGAUUAACUAGAGUUGUAUCAUUCUUA